CUUGCUAUGAUAUGUGGGCCUGGGCUCUGUUACCGAUUUGCCUGAUGGUAUGGGCCACUGCUGGAAUAUGGGUGGUGUAUGGGAUAGCCGUGUCCAAUGGCUCAGUCAAUCUGACAGAGAAUUUUCCUUAUAUCAGUACAUGUGGGUCAUACCCUCCCCAGAGCUGUAUAUUUGGCCAAGUUCUUAAUGUAGGUGCAAUGUUCGUGAUCUGGAUCUGCGCCAUACGAUUUCAGCAAAUCAGAGAUUACGACUGCCAUUCUAAAGUAAAUUCUGUGGGCCUUGCUCUGGGAUUUCUUUGCGCUUUAGGAACUUCUAUGGUUGGUAAUUUUCAGCAAUCCAAUCAACUGGAAACACACUUUGUGGGAGCCUUUCUAGCAUUCGGCAUCGGUAAUAUUUACUUCUGCAUACAAUCAUAUCUGACCUACAAAGUGAAGCCAAGACAUGGUGGCAGUUGGAUAGGACCACUGCGGAUUACCCUCACUAUUUGUUCAGUAGCAUCGAUGAUCCUGAUGAUUGUAUUUGUUCUUAUAAAAAUGAAAACUAUAGCUGCAAUAUGCGAAUGGAUUUUAGCCAUGAUUUUAUUCCUGCUCUUUGGGCUCUUUUGCAUUGACUUCUGGUAUCUUGAAGGACACUUUUUCCAUGUCAAGAAAAGGAGGGCGGCUAUUCCCAAUGAGGUUCAAGCUUCCACUGUCACUCUUGGUUUAUAA